AUGAAUUUAAUUACUCUAAAUUUCAAAGUUUCCUAAAUAGAAAAAUAGUUUAGAGAAUCAAAACAUAAAUUAUUUUCAAAUAUCCUUAUCUAUUAAAGAUGGAUAUUUGGUAUGAUUAAUUUUGUUUAAUUGGUAAGUUGUUUGAUUUCUAAAAAUUGGAUGAUUGCAUCAAUCAAUAUAGUAACUCUUGUUCUUAUUUUGAUAUCAGUUAAGGUGAAUCAUAAAUAUCCAUUUGUGUAUUAGAUUGCAAUUAUCUUAUAUAUACUCUUAUUAAAUGCUUACAUGGCUUUAGAAUAUUAAUUAGACAGCACCGAUUGGCAAUAUACUGAAGUGUUUUUCAUAUCAUUUACUUUCAUAAGGUAUUGAUCAAUUACAUAAAACAAGUCUAUUAAACCUGAUGAACUUUAUUCAAAGAGCCAUUCUUUUAUUACUUACAAUAACUUUCCAUAUGAUAUUUGGGAUUCGACAUUCAGAUAUGAAUUUUGAAAUGUAUUUACGAUAUAUAUUAUAUGUCGUUUUAUACGUUUAAUUUAUGUAUCAGUUUGAAAGAAUAUUGAGAAUAUAUUUUUUAGAAUAAUAGAAAUGUCGUCAAUUUUUAGAUAAAAUUGCAAAAUUCAAAGAUGUAUAGAGUUAUUCAAUUAAAUAUGAUGAAAGAAAAUCAUUAAUUUUGAUUGAAAAAAAUAACAAUUCAAGAAUUCUUAAAGAAGAUUAAGAAGAAUUUCUUAAAAUGAUUAAUAAUAUGCAAUUACCUGCACUUAAUUAUAAAUCAAGAGUUGCUUAAAUUCUUUCAGUCGAUAAUAUACUUUCCCCAAAAAAACAAUCACUCAAGUAAUUACUUGUAAAUUAUACUCAAGAUAUAAAUUUAGAACAUAAUGAUACUCCUUCGAAAUUUAGAUAAGAAAUACAUUUAUAUGGAUUCUAUUAAUAAUAAGUUUUUGCAUUAAAUAUUUUUUAAAGUUUCGAUGUUUAACCUAUCACAAUUCUUUUGGUAAAAGAAAGUAGAUCAGAAACAUAAGAAGAAGAGUUAAAAUUAAGGAUGAGAAACAAUUCAAAACAACUUAAUUUUAUUCAAUAAAUUUUCGAUAAAUAAAUCAAAAAAUCUCUCAUAUACUUUAGAUGGAUUUACAAUUUUGCAGAUAAAAAUUUAGAUGGAAAACUUAUUAAUCAAACAUUAAAAUUGAUUAAUUAUAGUUUAAUUAAAGGAUAUAAAGAUUUCCUUAAUUUAGAAAUAUUUGCAUACUAAAAAAUGUUAUCUCCAGGUAUCAGAUAAUUUAAUAUUAUCUCAUUAAUUGAAAAUGUAGUUUCUUUUUAUGAUGGAUAUUUUAAACAAAAAACUUAAUCCUUAAAUUCUAUACAAUAAUUUUAAAUAAUUAACAAUUUAAGUAAUAACAAUAUCAUAUCUGACUUUAAAUAUAUAAAAUAAUUACUAUUAAACCUUCUCCAUUAUACAAGUGAGAAAUCAUCGACAGUUACUGUAAUUUUAGAUGAAGUGUAAACAGAUUUUUCAUAAACUCCCAUUAUCAAAAUAAAAAUAAUAUUUCAAGCUCCAAAUUUAACGGGAACUCAAUUAAAAAACUUGCCUUAUUUGAAUCCCUAAUCUUUAGAUGAAUUAAAACAUAAUAGUAUAGCUCCUUUAGAUUUGGAUCUUGCAGUUUCUUUGAUUUUGAUACGAAGAUUGGGUCCUUUUGAUAAAAUAAAAAUAGUUUAAUAAAAAUAAAAAUCUAAUUAUUUAGAAUUUUUUAUUUUUCAACAGAUUUCAGAAGACUUUUUAUUGAUUCCAAUAAAAUCUUUAAAACCAUCAGAGAAAAUAAAAAUUUAAGAAUAUUCAUAGAUAGCUAAUUCUUUUACAACUUCAAUUCAAUUAGAAUCUGCUAGAGAGAGCUUUCAUUUUUUAUGA